GCGGGGGAUUGGGGUGGGGGGAAAGAGACGGUUUCUGCUGCUGCGGAUGCAAGAUGAGUGAAUCCCUGGUGGUCUGUGAUGUUGCCGAAGAUCUUGUGGAAAAGCUGAGAAAAUUCCGUUUCCGCAAAGAAACAAACAAUGCGGCCAUUAUCAUGAAGAUUGAUAAGGACAAGCAGCUGGUGGUUCUGGACGAAGAACAUGAGGGCAUUUCUCCAGAUGAACUAAAAGAUGAGCUUCCAGAACGGCAACCUCGAUUCAUCGUCUACAGCUACAAGUACCAGCAUGAUGAUGGAAGGGUUUCUUAUCCGCUCUGUUUCAUCUUCUCCAGCCCGGUUGGGUGUAAGCCUGAGCAGCAAAUGAUGUACGCUGGUAGCAAAAACAAGCUAGUACAGACAGCGGAACUCACAAAGGUGUUUGAAAUCCGGAACACGGAAGACCUCACCGAGGAGUGGCUUCGAGAGAAGCUCGGCUACUUCCACUGAAAGAAGCACAGCCAUGUCCCAUCCUGGUGCAGACUGGAACCAGAUGCGAAUCCUCCUUUUUUAGACCUACAAAGAAUGCACUGUACUUAAGGUGGUCUCCUGCAGUGUGUGUAUGUAUGUACAUAUAUCUAUUUUUGUGUGUGCAAAGUUUAUACAAACGAGCGGAGGAAGUGCCUCCUGCAUGACCAAACUUUGCCCCUGGGGUAUUUGCCCCCCCCUUCCCCUCUGUUCUUUGUAACUAUUUAAAAGGGAACAAUUUUCUUCUGCAGGGAUGGUUAUUUUAUUUUAUGAUUUUUAUUUCUUGCACUCGGAGUAACUACUAUUAUCUCAAUGGCUUGGUCCAGAUAUUGUAACUGUUUACCCUUAAGGGGCAUCAUCUCUGAAGAAGCAUUUCCUGCACCAGACAGAGCCCUCAGUAUUACUCCAGGUUGUGUUGGGGACGGGGAGGGCAAUCUGUGGAAGUUCUAAGUCAAAAGCAUUUCUAGCUUUUUUCCCCAACUGAGAUACAGAUGCAUUCUGUUUAAAAAUGAAAAAAAACUUGACGCAAAUAACUUGUAUAGGAAAAUCGUACUGUAUUCAGUGGUUUACUCAGAGCAUGGAAGAGCUAGUUGGCCUACAGUUCCCAGAGUCCCCCAGUGGUCAUAUUGCCUGGGAGAUUCUGGGGCAUGUAAGAUAAAAAGCAAACAAAAAGACCCCAGGCCUUCCAAGCCCUGAGCUUGUAUAUCUUUUGAAUAGAUGUGGGCACAAACUUUGGUUCGGAAGUUUGUGCCGGUUCGCCAACUUGGCACCAUAGUUUCGGCAAAUUUCCUUCCCUUCCCCCAGCCGGCCUCCGCAGUCACUGGCCAGUGCACGCAGCUUUUCUCCUGCUCUUUGUGUGAUUGUCUAAUCGCAGCAGAAGCACAGACUUCUUUUCUUUGCCUCCUCCAGCAGCUGCCCACUCAAAGGCAGCACUGUAGGAAUCCCUGCUCCACCUCUGACUGAGCAGCUGCUGGAGGAGGCAAAGAAGGGAAGUCUGUGCUCCUGCUGCUGGUGAGUUGGGGAGCCAGAUGGGCGUGGGUGAGGGAAGGGAAUGUGUGCCGAGCCAACAAACCAGCAGAAACCUUCGAAUCGAGGUUCGUGUCCAUCUCUGAUUUUGAACUGGCCUCCAGUGCAGCCUUUCUGAACUAUUAAUACUGGUACUUCAAUCUGUAACAUCCUAAUUUCUGCUUUGGAGACAGAUUGUUUUUCCUUUCCCUUUUCUCUAAAAAAUCCCAAUUAUUCAGUCAGUUGACGGAUGAGUUAACAUGAUUCCAUUCAGGGUCAGAAAUCUGACUCACCUGUUGUUUUGUGCAUGGGUAGAAGAUAGCAUUUGUACUAGUCAAACAGAAAGUAGACUUUUAAAACAACAAAUAAACCUCUUAAGGGCUCGGUAACGCAUCCAUUCCGGACAUCUUUAUACCGUAGCGUAAUGGUUCUCUUGCCUUCUUCUCUUGUCUUUUUAUAUAAGCACUUCUCAAUCUGCGUGCCUUUAAAAAAAAAGGAAUCUGUCUUGACUGAUCAUAAGAAAAUCCUACACUGCCAGUUUUUUUUUUUAAAAAAAAACACUUAAACUUGAUAAAAGCCCUCUUUGUCUAAAAUAAAUAGACACAAGGAUGUUUUCUUUCUCGUCUUUUCCUUAUUAACUUCAGCUGCAAUAGGGACAGACCCUGCCAUGUGUGGCCAUGAAUAAAGUGGGAUUCUUUUCACUGGCAGAAAGCCCCUGCAGAAUGAAGCAUCCCCCCCCUUCCUUUUUACCUCCCUU